UUGUGAAUUUAAGAAGUAAAUAAUGGCGUUCUCGUCCUGUAACCUCAAUCAAGCGGAAGUGACUAAAACUUGCUGAUUGUAGUGGAUUUAUCCAUUUUAUCGAGUUUAAUAUUUAAGUGCUUACCUCGUAUUUGUUUUAAAAUUAUAUCCAAGUACUAAUAACGGUAUAAUGGUAGAAAAAGGCGUCCCACAGCAAUCAGCAGAAGACAGUUUGGAAAAUGCCGAAUGGUAUUGGGGUGAUAUUACUCGGGAUGAAGCUAAUGAAAAGCUUAGAGAUACUUGUGAUGGUACUUUUUUAGUUCGUAAUGCUUCCAAUAAAGACAGUGGCUACACAUUAACAGUUAGAAAAGGGGGAACAAACAAGUUAAUCAAGAUAUACAAUCAAGAUGGCCGUUAUGGAUUCCGUGAACCUUUCGAGUUUGUUUCUAUUGUUGAUCUUGUCGGGUUCUAUAAAGAGUAUUCGCUGGCACACUGUAAUAGCAGCCUGGAUAUUAAACUUAUGUACCCACUCUCCCGACAUCAAGAAAAUGAUGGAGGGGAAAAUAUUAAUGAUGUAACUCUAGAGACACGAUAUAAAGAUAUUCAUAAAGAAUUUGUAUUAAAAACUAGAGAUUACGAUGAGCGAUCCGACAAAUACAUGAGGCUGCGUGAAGAAGUAAAAUUUAAGAGACAAGCCUUAGAUGCUUUUAAGGAAACUUUGAAAGCAUGUGAGGAGCACCUAAAAUUACAAGAAAAAAUGCAAUCGGAAGCACAACCACAUGAAAAAAAUGAUGUUAUUGAAAACAAUAAACAGUUAAUAUUGAGAGUGAAUAGUUUAAGACAAGCCCGAGCACAAUUACACAAUAUUCUUAAAGAAACAGUUGAAUCCAAUUUGUUACUUGAAAGAGAAAUAACAAAAUUAAAAUCAGAAAUUAUUCAUCUUUACAAGAUUAAAGACCGCUAUAAAGUAUGGUUACAACGAAGAGGUAAAACUGAGGAAUACCUACAAGCUUUAGAGGAUGAUAAUAUACAUAAAUUGGAAGAAUUAUAUGCUCAUCGUGAAAUGAUAACGUGGAUGGUAGAGAAUUGUACCCGUGAUAUGGCAGAGAAAAUGCUAGAAGGAAAACCUCAAGGCACAUUUUUAAUAAGGCCUAAUUCCACUGGUCAACUUGCUCUGUCCAUUUGUUGUAAUAAUCAAGUGUAUCAUUGUAUUAUUUUUAAGACUGAAAGAGGUUAUGGAUUUGCGGAACCCUAUAAUAUCUACAAAACUUUAAAUGAGCUUGUUUUACACUACGCCGUUAAUUCAUUAGAAGAACACAAUGAAAAUUUAAGGACUGCAUUAAAAUACCCAAUCAAUUCACAUUUAGUGUCAAAGCCUGAUAAAAAAAUUCACGAAACACAGACAGAUAUGAGAUUACAUCAGGAGUCUCAGCACGAAGCACAUCUCCGGUCACAUCAGCCUCGACAAAGAAAACAUCGACACCCACAUCCAUAA